CCCGCCUCAAAUUGCAAACUUCCCAGUCGCUGUUCUCUCCAAUUUACCACCUUUUUGCGCGUUCGGGUGUACAAGCGUCCAAGCGAUUGACCGUCUUUCUUUUUUGGAAUUCCUCGAGCUCGCUGCGUCAUCGCCUCUCGCCUCCUUUUCGUCCUCCAAUCCCAACUUCAACGCGCCAAGAUGGGUGGCUCGGUAUCCAAGAUGAUGGGGAAGAUCUUCGGCACGAAGGAGAUGCGUAUCCUUAUGCUGGGUCUAGAUGCUGCAGGAAAGACCACUAUCCUUUACAAAUUGAAACUCAGCAACCAGGAUGUCACCACGAUCCCCACCGUCGGAUUCAACGUCGAGAGUGUAACCUAUAAGAACGUGAAGUUCAACGUGUGGGAUGUCGGUGGUCAGGACAAGAUUCGCCCCCUCUGGAGACACUACUACUCCGGUACACAAGGUCUGAUCUUCGUUGUGGAUUCGAGUGAUAUCGACCGCCUCCAGGAGGCCCAGUCGGAGCUGCACAAGAUUAUCAACGACCGCGAAAUGAAGGACGCGUUGCUCCUAGUAUUUGCCAACAAGCAGGAUGUCCCUGACCACUUGAGCCCGGAGGGCAUCACCCAAGCACUCCAAUUGACUAAGCUGAAGGACAGGCUAUGGUAUGUUGCGCCCAGUGUCGCGACGGAUGGUACCGGUAUUUUCGAGGGCCUGGCAUGGCUCUCGAACAACGUCAAGACCCAGCCUGCGAAAUAAAACAUUGUCCCGCUGUGAUCUCGAGAGGCGCCCAGCCAGCCUCGUGUACAACACCUCGCACCCGACAAGUAUUUUCUCUUUUUGAUUCAUGUCCGUGUUUGAUGACAAGACGACGCAGCAUUUGGGCUUUGUUUUAUUUUGUUUUUGGUUCUACUUCUCCAUUGUUUUCAUUUGUCUCCUUGGUUUCCUUUUCAUUUGUGUGCGGCCUCAUCUUUUUUUCAUCAUCAUCCUCCCUCCCCCGUGGUUCUUAUCUUCUCUUCUAUGAUAUCCCCUCCGUUCUUACCCGGACUCGUUCCGAGUCCCAAUUUAAUUAUUUAAUUUUUGCUUGUUGGUUCAUAUCAUCCCAGCGCUGGCAUUGUUCGAUUCCCUGAUUGUUAUUCUGUGGAUUUCCGAUGUUUAUAGAGUGGAUUCGAUUUCAUUCGAGAUACAAAGAGACAGCAAAGCGGGCCUAUAGGCUGGAAUAGAGAAUCAAUUUAAGAACAAAUGACAUACCUGUGAUUAUUAAAG